AUGGCCGAAACGGAACAGACUCUGCCCUCCUCCACUGCGACUCCAGCACCCAAGCCCACCUCCAACUCCAUCACCACCAAUGGCCAAACAUCUCCCAAGUCCGAGUUCGAGCUCGAUGUAGCCAAGCUGCAGUCUUUGCCAUCCGAACAACAAGGUCUAUAUCUUCUCACCUUCACCGCCGCCCUCGUGCGCCAUGUCGACUCCAUCACGGGCGACGAAGCUACCGCUGAGCAAGGUACUAUUAAAAAGGAGCUCCUUCAGAUCGUCAACCUCACCUCUCCCGCACCGACAAGACUAAUCAGAAAGAACUUGGGACGUUGCUUCGCUGGAAUAUUCGCCAAGGGAAGUAGAAGAGUUCUGUAUGAAUCGAUCAAUGAGUUGGUUGCUAUAGUCAACGCGGGGAAGGAGAAGGAUUUGAAGGCCAAACAUGCUGCUGUAUACUGCUUGGGAGCAAUCUUUGAGGCUGCAGGAGACAGUGCAAUCAGCUUGUCGCCUUUGGCAUGCACCGCUGUCUUGAAGCUCCUGAAGCCAGCUGCGAACGAGACGGGCUUACGGAGUGCUAUAUUCAAGGCUUGCGGACGAAUCACAAAGGGCAUCGCGGUCGCGAUUGACGAAGAUGUGGGCCGGAGUAUUUGGAAACAGGCGCGCAGUGCUGUGGGCAGUGACAGAUCUCUACUGGUCCAGGCGAGCGCAUGCUGGUGCUUGGAGCAGCUCGUUCGGUGCACAUCUUAUUUCGACAACUCAAAUGACUUCGAGAAGCUGCAAGCUGGCUUGUGGAAAGCUAUGGAGAGUUCCUCUGUGACCGUCCGACAUGCGGCGGCAUCCUGUCUCGCAGCUGAGCUCGUGAAGAGCUACACGGAAUCGCCGAACAAAGAGGCAAUGCCAAAGCUCAAACGGCCGAAGAAGGCAAAGAAGGCAGCUAAAGGAGAGGAGCCGGAAGAGGAGAUAGAACGAACUGGCUCACCCGUGCCCGAGAAACCAGCGACUGUCCUCUCUUACAGCUUACUGGAGAUGCUAAGACUUCUCUCUACCCAGUUCUGCAAAGCCGCGACUCCCAACCGGGCACGCGCAGGAAUAGCAGUAUGCUAUGUGAGGAUCUUCAAAGCUCUGGGCGAAAGCGUCGUGGAGCAGAAGUACGGCGAAAUCGCGCAACACUUGUUCAAGGACAUUCUGGAGUAUCAGGGCUGGCAGUUCAAUCAGUUCCGUCAGCUUCUAGCCAGAAAGUUCGUGCGCAUCAUAUUAGAGCGUGUCAUUGGCAGCAUGCUGGGUGAGACAGCUCAGCUAAAUGCUUGCCGCUUUCUGCUCAACGACAUUAUCAAGAACUAUCCUCAAGCGAUCAAGGAGCGACCGGAGCCUUCCAAAGCAACGCUCACUGGAGCAGUCAGUACAUUGACCUCUCUCAUCCAGCGCCUCGACGCAGCGAUUGGCGAGAUCGCGGAAAGCUGCCGGGAAGGCUUGCUCCAAGUGCUGCAGCAUUCAAGCUUCACGGUCCAGAUACACACAGCCCGAGCUUUACGUGCCUUUGCUUUUGCCUGUCCACAGCAACUCCUUCCUGCAGUGACAAUCUGCAUGAACAGCGUCAGUCGCGAGCUGACUCUACUUGCAGGGCCACAACGGAGCCCACGGCGCUGCAUCGGGUAUGCUCAUGGCUUGGCCGCCAUUCUGAGCACAUCAAGCGAGCACCCGCUCUAUGGAUCAGUAGACGUCUACGCUCGCGUCCUGCAACAGGCAACGACAUUGCUGAAAACAAGCGGAAGCUCCGAUCUGCGUGUCUCAAGUUGUCAGCUUCAAGUUGCGUGGAUUAUGAUCGGAGGCUUGAUGUCGCUGGGUCCAAACUUUGUGAAAAUACAUCUUUCCCAGCUCAUGCUACUGUGGCGGAAUGCGCUGCCCAAACCGGUGCCGAAUGACAGCAUCAGCAGGCGCAACAUGCUGGAAUUGAGCUAUCUCGCGCAUGUGCGAGAGUGUGCGCUCGGCUCUAUCAAGGCUUUUUUGAUGCACAACCAACGUCUGCUCACGUCUGAUGUCUCGAGACGACUUUCGGGUAUGCUGGAGAACACCGUGAUCUUCCUGCAGAGCCUUCCGUCCAAGAAGACCAGCGACGACCCUUCCAAUCGACUUUCGAAAGCUCUUCAACUGCAGGACUACGAUGUCAUGGUCCGACGGAGAGUAUUUGAAUGCUUCACACAGCUUCUCAACCUGAGCCCGGCCGGCAGCAUUGAGACCACGGCGCACUCAACAAUCCUUCCACUCGCCGUGGCUGCGUUCUCGGACUCGGAGUAUGAUGCACCAAACUCGCUAAGUGCUGCUAUUGCGACUUCUGCUAGUACUUUUGAAAGCAUAUGGGACCUCGGCGAUAACUAUGGCUUCGGCGUGACCGGGCGUAUGCUUGGACUGGACCAACGCAACCCUAUCAGUGGCAAAGUCGAGCGACACUGGACAAGCCGCCUAGACCAUGAGGCUGAGAUAGACCAAGCCGUCCUGACCCCGAUUGGAACGGCAGCGGAGAAUGAUGCUACUUCUUGCUAUCUCAGGAUGGGAGACGACGAGAAUGACCUUCCUGGUCCGGCGGCUACUGAGGCUGUUGACGCUGCUAUCGCUGCCUUUGGCCUUUCGUUACCACUGCAAAGUCCCAAAGUCCAAGACAGCACACUUGAGCAGAUCGCGACUUCGCUAGGUGCUCUUUCGUUACAGAAAGACCCGGCGAGAAAGAUUGCAAUCACUGCCAACGUUGCUUUAGCCUUGUCGACUGCAUUACGAGUCGCGACUGGAGAUCUAGGUUCUGCGAGAGGUGAGCUGAAGAGCGUUCAAGCGGAGAGGGGCCUCCAGUCUCUGUUGCAUCUUUGCAUGCAAGAUCCCGACGAUUCGAUCAGGUCUAUAGCAGCGACAGGUCUUGGCCGUCUUUGUUCUAGCUCGGGCACCGCAUUCACGACUUCUGAGGUCACCUAUCUGACGGAAACCAUUGUCAACAACCGCGAGCCGCAUGUGCGUACUGGAUGCGCCUCGGCGCUCGCACAUAUUCACUCGCAACUGGGAGGCAUGGCAGCUGGACUGCAUAUGAAGAACAUUGUAGGCAUCUUGAUGUCUCUCGCAGCAGAUACCCAUCCAUUAGUGCAUUUCUGGGCUCUGGACAGCCUUGCUCAGAUCGCUGAAUCGGCAGGCUUGAACUUCUCUGGCUAUGUGACCAGCACCAUUGGCAUGCUCAGCCAACUCUACGUCUCCGAAAGUCACAAUGUCGACACGGUCGCUCAAGCAUCUUCCAAUAUGGCAAUGGGGUUGCCUGUGACUGCGGCAAUCGCUCGCGGAGUAGACGCAGUCAUCAACGUGCUGGGUCCGGAUCUUCAGGACAUGACAAAGGCCCGAGACAUGAUACUCACGCUGGUUCGCCUGUUCUCACACGAAGAAGCGACCGCAAUCCUCCUUGAGAGCUUGAGAUGUCUUGAGCAUCUAUCACUCUAUGCACCUGGCCAUAUGGAAUUUGCUGAAUAUGUUCGCCGCUUGCAGGACGAUGUCGAUGGGUCUUCGUCUGAAAUAUCUAGCUUGGCCUUACACGGUCUCUUCACUCUGAUGCGCCGCGAUGCACCAGAGGUCGUGAGAACGGCAAGACCUGGACUUGAAGAUCGACUGUGGGAGUUUCUCAACUACGAACCUGGCCAGACUCACAUUCAGAACAUCUUCAUGAACUGGCUUCAACAAACCGGCUCUAGUGAUCCAGCCGAUUGGAUCCAGAGGUGCAACAACAUCCUCACGAAAACUUUGGCAAAGGUAGAGCAGCCGAAGACGGCACCCGUCAAGGACACUGCAGGGCCAGACCUACAGGAUGAAGAAGUGGCUGGCUUCGCCGUCACUGCUGGGGCGUCCAAAGAGGAUGAGGCGCAGGCGCCGUCAUCAACACAAGAACUCAUGCGUUGGCAAGUGAGGCUCUUCGCGAUGGAGUGCCUUCGGAACUUGAUUGCGAUCAUCCAGAAAGAGGCUGCCAUCAGUGAUAACAGCCCUGGCGAGGCAGCGCUCCAACACAAGGUCGCAGAUGUCAUUCGUAUUGCGUUUUCUGCCUCCACUGCGGGUGUUGCCGCUCUACGCGUGGUUGGCAUGCGCAUCAUUGACCAGGUCCUCAAGAUGUUCGGGCGGACGCCUGAUCCUGACUUUUCGGAGGCCAUGCUGCUCGAGCAAUAUCAGGCUCAGAUCAGCUCUGCGCUGACCCCUGCUUUCGCAGCCGACUCGUCUCCCGAACUGGCGGCGGCGGCGGUCAAUGUCUGCGCCACUUUCAUUGCUACCGGCAUCGUCACAGACAUUGAUCGCAUGGGCCGCAUCUUGAAGACACUUGUGUCUGCACUAGAGAGUUUCUCGAGAGACUCCGACACAGCGAGCAUUGGAGAUCUCAAAGCGCUCAGUUCGAAUGCGCAGGUCAUGGUGCGCAUGGCUGUGUUUGCUGCGUGGGCCGAGCUGCAAAUUGCAAGCGCCGAGCAGAAGUAUCUGGUGGAUGUCGUCAAGCCGCACAUUGCUCAGUUAGUCCCUCUCUGGAUAUCGUCUUUGAGAGAGUACGCACGCCUCCGCUUUGAGCCUGAUAUCUCAGCGACGACGGCCAGUCUCGGCACACCUGGAGACCUGGAUACCGUCUAUGCCGCAUUGAAUCGCGAGACUCUGCUGAAGUUCUAUCAGGCCUCUUGGCUAAGUCUGGUCGAUGCGAUUGCAAGCUUGAUCGACGAAGACAGCGAAUUCGUCUUUGACGCUCUUGACAACAAGCAGACAGAGAAGAAAGACGGAGAAGACGAGCGGGAAAUGAACGGUAGUAUUGCUCGUAAGAGCACAGGCAUCAACUAUCGCGUGGAGCCUGUCGCCUUCUUCUUCGUGCUCUACGGACUUGCAUUCGAGUCACUUGCGGUGCGAGCCAACGACGAUGAUGUGCUCACCCGCCAACGUAACCUGGACAUACUGGAAGCACUAAAGAAGAUUCUACGGCCUUCAGUGUCUGGAAAUGCCGUGUAUCAGGAAGUUGUUUUUGCCGAGACAAUGGACUUGCUGGAUAGGAUGGUUCUCACCGAGAGCCUCAGCAUGCAAGCCAUCAUUGUGGAGAUCGCGCGCAAUCUAUGCAUCGUCCAUCCCUCGUCGAGGCACGGCCAACCGACGCCCAUCAAUGGUGAAGCGCUUUCGGACGAUAUCGAGCAGCUGUUCGAGCUCACGCGCAUCAUUAUCCUGGUCAUUUCUGGGCUUGUGCCAGGCUUGACCGAGACCCCAGUGUCAGCACAACUAGAAACGUCCGAGGAGGCUACCGGCCUAGUGCGCGGUUCGCUGCAAGCCUUAGUAGACGUCUCCGAGGUCUUCCCAGCCAUCAUCAAGACGGACCUGCACGCUUCCAUUUUCCACAUCUUCGUCACAAUCUUGGGGACAGCGAGCUGCCAAGCGGUGGUGGUGCCGCAAUCUCUGCCUAUCUUUCGACGUUUCGUGGCGAGCAUUGCGGACGACGAUAGGGCUGAGACGAAGCAACAGAUUCGAAAUGCUUUGAAACGGAUGCUUGCGAUUCUGCGAAAUGCUCAAAAGCGGGAGACUGAGGCCAGUCUGCCAUGCGAGAAGAAUACCCUGCUGGCGAUUACCAUCCUUCUCUCUGCAGCACAACCUCUUUUCGAGGCAGACGAUCCCAUGGUACUUCGUUUCAUCGGCGAGUUGCGCGAAUGCGUUGCUGCACCGAUGACUUCAAAGGCUGCGGCCAGCUGCUACCGUACGCUCAUGCUCCAAGGUGUUGCCCCUCGCUUGACCUUUUCUCACGCUAUAAGCUUCAUGCUCGAGGCGCCUGACCUCGAAGGAAUGGACGAAACGAGACCAGUCAUGGCUCAGACGCUGACGAUGUACACCUCCAAGCUCCCGGCAGCGCAGAAGCCUCCGGCUGUUGUUUUGUCGCUCACAACUCUGCUGGCAUGCGCGGCCAAACAGGGACCCUCUUCAUAUCAGAACGUCGCAGCUCGUCUUCUUGAACUUGCUGCUACGGAUAAUACGACUUUCAGACAGCUUGUUGGAAGUCUCGCUGGAGAGCAGAAGCAGUUGAUGGAGCGCAUCUUGAAGUCUCAGAGUGGGAAUCGCGGGUCGAGGCAGGAUCACAGCGCGGAUCGGGAGCCGAGUAUUGCAUUGAAGAUGGAUUUUGGGGGGUGA